GUAAUUCCGAGUCCCGAAUUACACCAUACUUGGAAAACAUAGAAAUUUUACAACGUUUUUUGAAAGAAAAUAUCGAUAUUUUUUCCUUUUAAAACCAAAAUGGCAGAAGUAGGGUGGGAUGAAGUUACUUAUCUAACCAAAAGGACUCCAAAGGCUGGAGAAAUGCGUUCUCAACAGGUAAAAUUUCAACUGAAAUUAUUCGUGUGUAUUUUUGAAGUGGUUACGUAUUUUAACUGCACUGCAGAUGAUAAGUUAUAUCUGGUGUUUAUUUUCAAUUAGGCUGUUCAGGCAGCCAGAAGAGACGGCAAAACAGUUGAUACAUCCAAAAAAUGUAAGUAUAUAACAAUUUUGAUAUUUGAUAAUUUAUUACGCUCUCAACAUUGCCCCCCCCUGAUUAUGGUGUAGUUCGACCAUUCACCAUUGACUUUUAUAUUAACUGCAAUAUGGUUUUGCUACCUACAUAAGCUAAAUGAAGUAUAUCAAUAGAGCGGUUUUGAAAACAAUAGUAACUCGAAGCAUAGUAAACAUCCCUGGGUGCAUUUUAAAGUGCUGUAUGCCGAAGAUCACAUGCGCCGAAUACAUUAAAAACAAUAGUGUCCUUAAUGUAUUCAGCACAUGUGAAGUACAGCAUAUGAAACGGGCCUAAAGGCCCAUUUCCACUGUGGAAAAUUUUCUGCAGAAAGAAAAUUUUGUAAAAUGUGAUUGGCCGACACAAAUUUUCCAUCGGAAAAAAAUUUUGAAGUUGAAAAUUUUCAACUUUUAACAAUGAUAUAUUCCGAAAAUUUUCUGUCCAUGGAAAUUUUUCUUGAGUGGAAAUGGGCCUUAACUGGCAUCAACAGCAUGUAUCUCAGCACCUAUCUUUCACUAGUUUUGCCAAGUUUCUGAUUUGCAAUUUGUUAAGUCAGACAAAAGGUAAAAUAAUGAAAUUCAAAAUGAACACUUUGUGUUACUGGAAAUAUUGUGCACAAGCUAAGUGGUGUAAUGUAUUUUCAAUGUUUGGCUUGACAUUGUUUGAAUGAAGCCACACCCAAGAUACGCCAGUAUCUUGGGUGUGGCCUUGUUAACAUAAAGUGCAUCUUGGGUGUGGCCUCGUUAACAUAAGGUGCAACCCUGCCACUGAUUAUAUCAUUGUAUCUCACUUCAUUGUCUUUUCUUAGUUUCAGCUGGACAAAACAAACAACACCUGUCAUCAAAAGACACUGCAAAGCUCGACAGAGAAACAGAGGAACUCCAUCGUAUGUUAAAAUGGCUUUGUAGAGAAUCAUGUAUUUUUUGAAAUAUUGACAUUGUUUUGUGUGAAAUUACAGAUGAAAGAGUAUCAUUGGAUGUUGGGAAAAUAAUUCAAAAAGGAAGAGUGGAUAAGAAAAUGAGCCAAAAAGAUCUGGCUACGGUAGUAUAUGAAACCUUAGAUGCCUGAUUAGUCACAUCUUCUACAUGGCCACUCAUGACAUAAUGCAGAUUGAAAAAGAUGUGCCCAUUCAAUUGCCAUGUAAACAAACCAUACAGGCAAUGUUUGACUUCUAAUUUACUUUCAGAAAAUUAAUGAGAAACCAUCUGUCGUCAAUGAUUAUGAAGCUGGUCGUGCGAUCCCAAACAAUCAAAUCAUGGGGAAAAUUGAAAGAGCAAUUGGUACAGCUUUAACUUGUUAUUAAUGCCCAUACAUCUCCCUUGAUGAGUUGAGUACAUCAUGCAAAUACAACUGCUGUUUCUUAAGAGACAGAUGUUAAAUUUGCAUGCAUUGACAGAUGUUAAAUUUGCAUGCUAAGUAGAAUCAUAUGGUAUAAGAGCUCGACAACUUGCCUCUGUAGCUCAGUUGGUUAGAGCGCUGCACCGGAAUUGCAGGGCCGUAGGUUUGAUUCCUACCUGGUUUAGUCUAAUAAACAUAUAAAAUUUACACUCGAAAUUUUCCUCUACAAAACGCUUCUACAACAUUAGUUCUAUUGAGUAUAUAUGCCCAAAAGGGGUUAAAAAAAGCGUACUAAGGGGUUAAAAAAACCUGUGGUUCCGGUUUCAUAUCGUGAAAAAAUUAGGGUCGGUAGGUCGGAAAUAAAUUUUUUUUUGAAUAUUUUUUUCAUGGUUUUGGCAGUUUUUUGCUGGGCGAUUUGCAGUAGAGUCCCAACAUCAAUAUUAACUAGAGAUGCAUAUUUCCUAUGGAUGAAUUUAGGCAACCACCUGGAGAAAAUAGGGUCGCACGGUCAAUCGCGUUGAAAAAAUAAUAGGGUCGGCAGAAAAAAAUAGGGUUGGUCGGGAACCGGAACCACAGGUAUUUUUUUUUACGCUUAAGCUAGUUUCGAAUAUUCUUCCUGGCUACAUCCAAGACACAUUGUCGAUUUCAAGUCACUUUUCAACGUGGGUUCCCAAGUUCGUUGCAAACUUGCCAAUUACGUUUCCAAGUUCGGAAAUUGGGCACGGACUUCGCAACAAAGUUUGCAAGUUCAUUUCAAUGUUUGACCUUCGUUUGUAAACAAAUGUCAUACUCAAUGAUAAUAACCAAUUCAAUGAAAUACAAACCUUCUUUGUAGCCCACUGGACCAAGAACUUUCCAUUGAAUUGUCAAUUUCAACUUUUGAAGUAAACGUUGCAAAAGUUCAUGCCCAAUUUUUGAACUUGGAAACGUAAUUGGCAAGUUUGCAAUGAACUUGGCUGUGCAUUGAAAAGUGACUUGAAAUCGACAAUAAGAUAUUUAGCUAGCAUUAAAGGUCAUUAAAACUUCAUUAUUCAAAUACUACUUGGACCUUCUAGAACAAAUGUACAAUGUCAGUGUGUGUCAAAUGCCACUUGCCCUAUCCAUAGUUUUAAUGUCUUAUGUAGGCUUAAAGUUGAGAGGGAAGGAUAAAGGACAGCCAUUUGGUGGUGGAAAGAAGUAACAACAUUCUGACUAUUCAUGUAGUCUACUGACGGAUGUCACUAGCCAAGAAUUCAUAGUCUAUGCUUUCUAACUUGCUAAAUUCUUGUUGUAAAUUCUUAUAAAUAAACUAAAAUUCUUCUGUUGUGUUAGAC